CCUGCACGCCGGACCGCCGAGUGUACAAUGGACCUUGGGAACAGAAGAAGAAUCCACUGCAACAUGAGACUCACCUACUCUCUGCUAAUUAUGGGAGCGUUCUGCAUGACACCCUUCCUCUGCCAUAGCCAAAUUGAUCCACUAGCUCUUGGACGAGCAGACCCCCAGUGUUGGGAAUCCUCCUCAGCUGUCUUACUGGAGAUGAGAAAGCCUCAUAUUUCUGACUCUGUCAGUGGCUUUUGGGACUUCAUGGUCUUCCUGAAAUCAUCAGAGAACUUGAAACAUGGGGCUUUGUUCUGGGACCUGGCUCAGCUCUUCUGGGAUAUCUAUGUGGACUGCGUGCUCUCCAGAACCCAUGGCCUAGGGAGAAGGCAGCUAGCAGAAACUGAACCAAAGAUUGCUAGUCUACGUUCUCAAUUCACAGGGAGAAAACAAGGGAUAUUUCCUCAUAUUCAGAGGUCACCAGUUCUGAAGAAGAAAGACUCAAUUGAAGAUUUAAUAAGCAUCCACAUGCAUAAGAGCAGAUCUAUGUUACUUGGAAGAAUCACUGAAGAGCUAGGGAAAAAGAAGAAAUGACACAUUUGGUCCAAGAUCUUGAUUUGUAUAUAUUUUUAAGCUACUUCUAUUUAUUUAUUUAUUUAUUUAUUUAUUUUGCAUUUUAAUCCCCAUUGAUGUCAAUUUAGAUGGUGGAAGAAGGCCUAUAAGGAUGAGCACUGUAUCUCUGAUUAACUGGACUUGUGGGUUUUUUUAAUUGCUUAUGAAUUCAGACUCCUUAAUAAACUGCAUGAUUUAUAA